UCAGAGCUUUAUUUACAAGAAACGUUUAAGCCUUUAGUGAACAUAACGCCAGAUGCAAGCCUCUUUGAUGCAGUGUAUUCACUCAUAAAGAAUAAGAUCCACCGGUUGCCAGUCAUCGACCCCAUAAGUGGAAAUGCACUUUAUAUCCUCACUCAUAAACGGAUCCUAAAGUUCCUGCAGCUUUUUGUCUCUGAGAUGCCAAAGCCUGCCUUUAUGAAGAAAACACUGGAGGAACUAGGAAUAGGAACGUACCUUAAUAUUGCCUUUAUCCAUCCAAACACUCCGAUUAUUAAAGCGCUGAGUAUAUUUGUGGAAAGAAGGGUUUCUGCUUUGCCAGUCGUGGAUGAGUCAGGUUUGUACAACUCUUGUGCUUAUGACUUAUUCAGAUGUGUAAUGGUAUCAAUGGUUUAAAAAAACAAGAAACAAAAGCACCUUAUGUUGCUGUCCAUGACUGAUUUGGGCGCAAAGAUGUGUGCUGAGUUCUGAUGACUGGUUGCACAUGGAAAGUUAUAAUUCAUUUUCUGUUUACAGACACUGGUUUUGUUUUGUUUUGCUACUUUGUAUAAUUUUUAAUUCGGAAUAUGUGCUGUUUCUAAGUUUCUCAGUAGCUGAUGUUAUUUGAACAAUAUAUCGUUUGGUGUUGUGUGUUAUUUGUGUCAGCCUUCGUUGUUAUGCUGAAUUACAAAUAAUGCAUCCUUAUUGUUCGUACUUGCAGCUUUACAAAAGUAACUCAGAGCUCACUUGGUGGGAAGUGUGUGCAUGUUGAAUGAGGACAUGUUUAGAUUUGGCUACAAUGCUUUCACAGAUGAUCAACCGACCUAAUUUCAUUCGAUCUCUUUAUGUUCAACCCUCCAAUAUUUCAGCUAAAUAACAAUCAUUCAGAUAAGUAUAGACAGUCAGUGUUAACAAUGUUCAGUUCGGAAUUGAAGCAGACCAUGACCUCAUAAAAUAUGAACAUGGAAAGUUUCGAGCUCCUGGAUAGUAAUCUGGACCAGGAAUCCUGACUGAUCCUUGCUGAAAUACCUGAAACCACCUUUAUAGUAUCCCACACAUAGAUGAGGAAUUGAACUCAAGGCUUCUCACACUCUCUUAUUUUUGUUUCCUGUGAUGUGACCAUCGGACAUAAGGCAGCAUUUAGGGCUAUCCCUAAUCAGCCUUGAGAAUGUGAUGGUGAGUUCCCUUCUGGAAUUGCUGUAGUCCAUCUGGUGCAGGUACACAUCAGCGCCCACAGCGUGUGUUCAAGAAUUUUGAUUCAGCGAUGAUGAGUCCAAAUCUGAUGGAGUGUGUCUUGGACGGGAAACUUGUAAAUGGUGAUGUUCCAUUUGACUCUUGCUCUUGCUUAUUUGGGUGAUAGAGAUCCCCUGUUUGGGAAAUGCCAUUGAAGGUAUCUUGGCAGGUUGAGUACUAGUUUAGCACUAGAUAGGGAAUUUAUUUGCCAAACUGUUAUGGUCAAACUGAUCCUCGCGCCAUCUUCAGCAAGAAGCAUUUGGGAUAGUGUGCUGUAUUGAAUCUGACAUAAUGGGCUUCGGCCUGCAAUGUUUGGAUUAAACACCAGGAGUUCUUGCUAUUCCACUAUCGCACCAAUUCAAACAUAUCAUCUGUUUCUAGCACCAAAAUUAAAUACGUUACUGAUACUAAAUAAAAACCAAAAGAACCACGGAUGC